CGGCUACUGAUUGGUUUCACUUGCACAGUUUGCAACCACCGUUCUCACAAGACCAUGUCCAAACAUGCUUAUAAUCACGGUGUCGUUAUUAUGCAAUGUGAUCAUUGUAAAAACAGACAUUUGAUUGCCGAUCAUCUCGGUUGGUUCAAGACCCGGGGCGUCACAGUCGAGGAUCUUGUUAAGGAACAUGGUGAGACCGUCAGGAAG